CCCGGCCGCUAGGUGGCAAUAUGGCUGCCUGACAGGAUGGAGGACGUAAACAAGGAAGACGACUCCAUAGACCCACAGGGAGCAACAGAACGAAUUUGACUGAUUAAAUAUAAUUGAUAUAAUUUCAUGUUUUGGUGACUCGUCAGUAGAAAUGGCGUUGGAAAAAUUUGUUUCAAAAACGCUCGAGCUUCUACAAGAAGAACGGGAGGCUGAAAUACAAGAAACCAGGAUAUGGCAGGAAAACGUUUCCUUGAAGGACCUUCAAAAUAAAGGCGUUUGCCUUUUGAAGCUGCAGAUUGGAAGUCAGUCCACGGGCCUGUACGGUCGCACCGUUGUUGUCUUAGAACCGAGGAAGCAUCUUGGGUUUUCAUCUCUUCCAAGCAACAGCUUUGGUCCAGGUGAUAUAGUGGGCUUGUAUGACUCCUCCGGAUGCUCUGCGGCCUCACAGAUAUGCACGGGGAUAGUAACGAGGGUCAGCCAGGCAUCUGUAAGCGUGGCCUUUGACGAUUUGAAGGAUGGCGUCGGCUUUGACAGAGAUGCUUUCUACAACUUGUUAAAGUUAGCCAAUGAUGUCACUUACAAACGAAUGAAACGUGCUUUAAAUUCAUUAAGUGGAUACAGCAACGGACCAGCGGGCAGUUUGAUAAAUGUUCUCUUUGGGGACGCGCAGCCUUCUUCUCACUCGCAGCAGAAUGAGGUUGAACUCUUUAACUCAGACUUGGAUGAUUCUCAAAGAGAAGCGGUGACCUUUGCUCUGUCACAGAGAGAACUGGCUGUGAUCCAUGGACCUCCGGGCACCGGUAAAACCACUACUGUGGUUGAGAUCAUCCUGCAAGCAGUAAAACGAGGCCAAAAGGUCCUCUGCUGUGCUCCGUCAAAUGUUGCAGUGGAUAAUUUAGUGGAAAGAUUAGCCCGCUGCAAGGCUAAAGUCCUGAGACUGGGUCACCCUGCCCGACUCCUGGAGUCCAUCCAGAAACACUCACUGGACGCCGUGCUCGCUCAGAGUGACAAUGCAAACAUCAUCGCUGACAUCCGUAAAGAUAUCGACAAAGCUUUUCUGGGGAUGAAGAAGAAGCCAGACAAAGGAGAGAGGGUAAACUUUAAACGUGAAAUAGGGGAGCUGAGAAAAGAGCUAAAAAACCGGGAGGCAACAGCCAUGACCCAGAUCCUGAAGAGUGCUGAUGUUGUGCUGUCGACCAACACCGGAGCCUGUGAUGACGGUCCCCUGAAGCUCCUGUCAGCAGAGCAUUUCGAUUGGGUGGUGAUUGACGAGUGCGCUCAGGCCCUGGAGAGCAGCUGCUGGAUCGCCCUGCUCAGAGCACGCAAAUGCAUCCUGGCUGGAGACCACAAGCAGUUACCACCGACCAUCAAAUCACAAACGGCUGCAUCAAAAGGCUUAUCUCUGAGCCUCAUGGAACGACUGAUCCAGAUGUACGGAGACUCGGUGGUCCGUAUGCUAACAGUUCAGUACCGCAUGAACAGUGCCAUCAUGGAGUGGGCCUCCAGAAACAUGUACAGUGGAAGACUAACCGCUCACAGCUCAGUGGAGAGGCAUUUAUUGAAGGAUCUACCAGGCGUCACUUGUGUUGAAGAAACCUCCACUCCGCUCCUUCUGAUUGACACAGCAGGGUGUGGUCUGACUGAGAUGGAAGUCACAGAGGAGCAGUCCAAAGGAAACCGAGGUGAGGUGGACAUUGUUGAGCUUCACAUAAAGGCCUUGACUGAAGCUGGAGUUAAAGCUAAAGAUAUCGCUGUUAUCGCACCGUAUAAUCUACAAGUGGAUCUUCUGCGUCAAAAACUUUCUUCUCGGCACCCGGAGCUGGAGAUAAAGUCAGUGGAUGGAUUUCAGGGCAGAGAGAAAGAAGCUGUCGUGCUGUCGCUAGUUCGGUCCAACAGAAAAGGUGAAGUUGGAUUUCUGGCGGAGGACAGGAGGAUAAAUGUUGCCGUUACUCGUGCACGACGCCACAUUGCAGUAGUCUGCGACACUCAAACUGUUCAGAGUCACGCUUUCCUCAAAUCCCUCGUCAGUCACAUGACUGAGUUCGGUGAAGUCAGAACUGCGUUUGAAUACCUUCAAGAUGUCGUGCCGCAGAAUUACAGUCGAGAGCGGAAAGGCGUGAAAAAGACCACGUCCUCCACCACGAAACAGAAGGUCAAAGAUCAGCCUGUAAGUAAAGCAAAACAGAAACAAACUGCUGUGGAAAGUGCUGCUGCUUUACAGAGUCGCACUAAACCCUGCACGUCAUCAGCGCCGAGAGACGAGCAGCAGAGCGGCAGCAGAUACGCUGAAAUCAGAGAGCAGGUGGAGGACUUUAUAAAGGACCCGAAUCGGAACGAGCUACAGUUUCCACCAUCGUUUAACUCCCAUGACCGGCUGCUGGUCCAUCAGAUCUCUGAGGAGCUGGGUCUGGUUCAUGAGAGCCGAGGAGAGGGCAGCGACAGGUGGAUCACCGUCUCCAGGCCCGUGAAGUCAGAGCCAGCUGAGGCGCCAACACCAGAAGGAAUCCAAGAGGAAGAAGCUGUCUCUAGUCCGCAGAGUGAACCGUUGUGUCGACCUUCAUUAGACCUCAAAAGUUUACACUUGGAGAGAAUGAGGAGAGAGCAGCAGAGAAGGGAAGAAGCUGCUCAACAGAAAAGGCAACAAAAAGAUGCUCCUCCAGCUCAGGGCCAGCUGACGAGGAAGGUUAAAGGAAAGAACAAGACAAAGGCCGGCGCCUGCGACAUCGCCGCUGCCGCUGCCCCAGAGGACGACUUCGACUCCCUCGUCAGCGCCGUCAUGAAGGCUGACAGCGUUUGUAGUUUUGUCAAGUGUAAAGCGUCGGUGUUGACUCUUGGACAGCUUUGCAUGUUCUGCAACAGGCAGUACUGUCUCAGUCAUCAUAUACCAGAGGUUCAUGGCUGUGGAGAUAAGGCCAAGUCCCAUGCUCGGAUGAGAAUCAGCAAAGAAGGAGUUCUUUAUGCAGGGAGUGGAAAGAAAGACAAAUCCUUGGACCCCAGUAAGAAAGCAUAUUUGCAAAGAAAGCUGGACUCUAAACUGAAAGACAUGGCAACUCAACGGAAACCAAAGAACAAGGACAGUUAACGCCACCAAGGAAACUGGAAUUUAACCGUUUGCUUUAAACUGCUAGUCUUGUUUAUGUGUGUACCAGAGAGCACAGUAACGAGUAAUGUUUUAUUCUUUGUUCACUUUUAAUGUCAGUGGGCAGAUUUUGAGUGGGCUGGCGUUUUUCCAGUUGUCGCACAGUCCAACAGAAAUGUAGGGGAAGAUCGUCUCUGAGAAUUUCUCCUUGAACGUGUGGAUCACAGAGGAAUCUGCAUCGUUGAUGAAGACUACCUUUCCCUUGUCGCAGUCCAGCUCGACGGUGAUCUUCUCGAGAUUCUUCCUCACACUGACCCUGGCUCGAGGCGAAGUCUGAGCCCAGACCGAGUCUUUGCUGCAGUAGCCGAUCACCCAGAAACCGUCGGCGGGGCUGUAGAAAACCGUGCUCUUUCUUUUG